CGGUGAUGGUCGCUUCGCUCGCGCUCCUCCUGCUGGCGGCCGCCCGGGCGGUCGUCGCCGUCGAGACGGACGGCGUCGCGGCGGCAUUGUUCCCUAGUUUGCCCACGGGCGUCGUGAUGACGGACAACGUGCUGUGCAGGGAGCACUCGAGGAUUUAUUACGAGCAUUUGAGGAACUUGAGCUUGUGGGCGUACGAAAUGAGAGACGCAUCUGCGCAAUCGGUGACCGGCAUCCUGAGAGGAAGCAUCGCCCAAUUCGGGCAAUUCGACGAGUGCCUCACGGCAAAAUCGCCGUUUCCGACCCAAUAUUGCGUAACUUCCAUCUUGGCAGACGUGCCCGCGCCCGAUCCGCCCAGACCUCCGAAAUCUCUCCAAUACCUGCCGAACGAAUCGGUUCUCAGGAUGAUUUACGAUCACAAGGAUCCUUCUCAGCAAAGAAGGAACAUGGUACUGAAGGGUUGGUGCAUGCCCGCCUCGUGUACAGCACUAGACCUCAAGAGCCACUUGAAUCACUACCUAAAAACCAUCGAUUUUCCUCUGAAACAUCACAACGUCAGUUAUACAGGGCAAGUCGAAGAAAGUAAUUGUCAAAAAAUGGACGAGAACUCCCAAUUGGAUCAAGUCGAUAUAUCAUUCGGAUUAGUUUGUAUUAUUCUAAUUAUGAUGGUAUUUUUAUCGACGCUCUACGAUAACCUGAGGAACUACAGUAACGAUAAAUUAGUUGAAAGAUCUCCUUUAUCGUCUCUUCUGCUCACAUUUUCCUUGAAGAGCAACAUAAAAAAACUACCGUAUUACGACGACACGAACGAGGCGUUGACGCUUUUAUACGGCAUGCGGGUGAUUUGCAUCUGCAUGAUUAUCAUGGAUCAUCGAUUCGGUACUCACCUCGCAUCCGGGAUACUGAACUUCGACAAAGUCGAGCGAAGUUACAGGUCUCCUUCUGGCAGCAUUUUCUUCCACGGCGACGUUUUCGUCGACUCGUUUUUCAUAUUGAGCGGCCUGUUGGGCACGUACUGUUUGCUCAGCCAGUACGACAAGAGGUUCAUUAAUCCCGGCUUGUUGAUAUUCAUGAGGUACAUUAGAUUGACUCCUUUGUACGCGGUGGUCGUUUUCUAUUACGCCACGUAUUUCAAAUAUUCCGGUAACGGUCCCAUGUGGAAGACCAUCAUUUAUCCAGAGGUGGAGGAUUGCAGGAAUAACUGGUGGGCCAAUUUGCUGUACAUCAAUAAUUACGUCAACGUUGAUAAAAUAUGUAUGGUGCAUUCUUGGUAUUUACCAUGCGAUUUUCACUACUUCAUGAUCGCUAUAAUUCUAUGCGUCAUCAUCUACAAGAACCAAAGAGCUGGUUUAAUAAUCCUCUCGAUCGUUACGAUGAUAUCCAUCAUUAUACCGUUCGUGAUUACUUAUCUAUACGAAGGAUCGCCCGUCAUUUACUUCUAUCCAGAUUUCCUGAGAUUGCCCAAACAGCAAGAGGACUUUCUCAUUACAUAUUCCAAGUCCCACACGAGAGCCUCGCCGUACUUCAUCGGCAUGAUCGCCGGGUAUUUGUACUACAGGAUGCGCGACUCAGAAAAAUGCCUCAAAAAGAUGUACUCUCGCAUCAUCCUGCUGGUGUCCCUGGCGCUGAUGGUGUCGUCGGUUCUAACCGGGAUGAUUUUCUACGACCCCAAUUACGAGUACAACGCGGCCGAGUCCGCUUUGUACGCGUGCAUGCGCAGAGUGGCCUGGUCGGUGGGUACCGUGGGGGUGCUGUACGCCGCUAGUUACGGCCACGCCAAGUUGAUCUACAAUUUCCUGUCGUGGAGACCGUGGGUGCCCAUCAGCAAGCUGGUGUACGGGGCGUACCUCACCCACAUGCAGUUCCAAAUGCGAGCGGUGGCUAGGAAAGGGGGAUCGGAUUUCGUUACUUAUUUCGAUAUCAUUAGUUUCGCUUUGUCGGAUAUCGUGUUGGCGUUCUCGACUGCUUUAGUGUUGUAUUUGGUGGUCGAGGCGCCGUUUAGGAAUAUAUUUACGUUGCUUCUGUUACCCUCGAAGGAUAAGAAGCAGAAACCUAAGCAAGGCGAGGACCAAGAAAGCGUAAGCGAAGUUACCUGUGAUAGUAAAUUAUAGAGGCAGCUCAAUUAAUAUGAUAAGAUUUAUGUUAGCAGUGUGUUCAGAAGUUCAACAGAGACCUCAAUAUGUUCACUGAUUAAAAAAGUAUUCCACUUUAUUACUUUUUUAAGGCAAACAUAGAGUACCUCCUCGUAUACAGAUAAAUGCAAAUUUCUUUGCAAUAUGGUCAAUUCUACGAGUUAAACAAAGAUUAUUAAAAUGACAGUGGUUAGAGUGAGAAAUUUUCAAUCCCCUCUGGAUUGCCUACAUUCACCAUCCCCACCCCGCGAACUAAAUUACACUAUACAGGGUAUCCAGCAUAAGAACCCAACAUAACCUAAUACAAAGUUACAUUCCUGCUUAGUUAUAUGCCUUCAAAAUAGAUACUCAACUUAAACUAACCAAAUUUGAUAUACGUUAUGAGCGUACUAAAAGUGUUAAUCGAAUUAUUAGUUACGAGUUAAUCGAUAGUAAAGAGAGAUCAAUUGAUUUAUUUUAAAGGGUUGAUUUAAAAAAUCCAUAGUUCA